AAAAAUGUCAAUCAACCUUUGUCAUCCAACAAAGGUCACCUUGGGCAAGAACAAGAUUUGAAUUUUUUCAAUCUGGAUGAGAAGCGUGAUUACAUAAUAUUGAAAAACUAAAAACAAUCUAAAUUAGCUAUUUAUUAUUGAGGACUACAAUAUUUUGAUUACCACGAUGGACGGGUCAGCUACUCAGAAAUUUAUUGGCCGCGGCUCUCAUAAAGGCAAGGGGCUUGCUGUGUUUACUAGCGGUGGAGAUUCUCAGGGAAUGAAUGCCGCUGUGCGAUCAGUCGUGCGUAUGGGCAUAUACUUAGGGUGUAAAGUAUAUUUUAUUCGUGAAGGAUACCAGGGCAUGGUAGAUGGAGGUGAUAACAUUGAAGAAGCGAACUGGUCUUCUGUUAGCUCUAUAAUUCACAAAGGAGGCACUAUAAUUGGAUCAGCUAGGUGCAUGGAGUUCAUUAAAAAAGAAGGUCGUCUCAAAGCCGCAUAUAACUUAGUGAGCCGUGGUAUAACCAAUCUUGUGGUUAUUGGUGGUGAUGGUUCGCUGACUGGUGCCAAUUUGUUCCGACAAGAAUGGUCUAGCCUUCUUGAUGAAUUGCUGGAGAACAACAAAAUUACUAAAGAUCAAAGGGAAAAAUAUAAAUUUUUGCACAUAGCUGGAAUGGUUGGUUCAAUUGACAAUGAUUUUUGUGGUACAGACAUGACAAUAGGUACUGAUUCAGCCUUGCAUAGAAUCAUUGAAGCUAUUGAUGCAAUUGUAAGCACUGCUUAUUCACAUCAAAGAACAUUUAUUAUGGAGGUCAUGGGUCGCAACUGCGGUUAUUUGGCCCUUGUCGCUGCUCUGGCGAGCGAGGCAGACCAAGUAUUUAUACCUGAAGACCCUGUUCCCAAUAAUUGGGUUGAAAAACUUUGCAAAAGAUUGCAACAGGAGAGGCGUUCUGGUCAACGUUUGAAUAUUAUCAUUGUUGCCGAGGGUGCGAUCGACCGCGAAGGUAAGCCUAUCACCGCCGAGUUGGUGAAGAAGGUGGUGGUUGAUAACCUGCAGCAGGAUACCCGUAUUACCGUGUUGGGUCACGUCCAACGAGGAGGAUCCCCCUCCGCCUUCGACAGAAUUUUGGGAUGUCGUAUGGGAGCAGAGGCGGUUAUGGCUUUAAUGGAGGCCACCCCGGAAACCGAACCAUGUGUUGUUUCGCUCGACGGUAACCAAGCUGUUCGUUUGCCGUUAAUGGAAUGCGUUCGACGAACGAAAGCUGUCUCACAGGCAAUGGCUGAUAAAAAUUGGGACCUAGCUGUACAGCUCCGCGGUCGUAGCUUUGCACGUAAUUUGGAGACAUAUAAGAUGUUGACCCGUUUGAAGCCACCAAAGGGAGCGUUUGAUGAAUCCGGAAAACCUUCUGAAGGUUUGACGCUGGCUGUGAUGCACGUGGGCGCGCCGGCGUGCGGCAUGAAUGCGGCCGUACGUUCGUUUGUACGGAAUUGUAUUUACCGAGGCGAUACCGUGCUUGGCAUUCACGACGGCAUUGAAGGUUUCAUUAACGGGAACAUCGUCCAAAUGGAAUGGUCGGAUGUAACGGGUUGGGUUGCUCAAGGAGGCGCUUUUCUUGGUACAAAGAGGACUUUGCCCGGCAAUAGGAAGAGUGACAUCGCUGCGCGGAUAAAGCAGUUCAAUAUUCAAGGCUUACUCAUCAUCGGUGGUUUUGAGGCCUACCAAGCUAGCUUGGAACUAUACGAAUCUCGCGCUGAAUUCCCGGAGUUCUGCAUUCCUCUGGUCGUCAUCCCGUCCACGAUAAGUAACAACGUGCCCGGGACGGAUUUCUCUCUGGGAGCCGACACUGCGCUCAAUGAAAUAACUGAGAUCUGCGAUCGCAUUCGUCAGUCGGCACAGGGUACCAAGCGCCGUGUGUUCGUCAUCGAAACCAUGGGCGGGUACUGCGGUUACCUCGCUACGUUGGCUGGUUUGGCCGGCGGUGCUGAUGCCGCAUACAUUUACGAGGAGAAGUUCUCCAUCAAGGAUCUGCAACAGGACGUUUAUCACAUGGCGUCUAAAAUGACCGGCGGCAUACAGCGUGGCCUCAUCCUGCGCAAUGAGAAAGCGAACGAUAACUACAACACUGAGUUCAUUUACCGACUGUAUUCUGAAGAGGGCAAAGGACUAUUUACAGCUCGCAUGAAUGUGCUCGGUCACAUGCAACAGGGCGGCUCUCCGACGCCAUUUGACCGUAACAUGGGUACUAAGAUGGCGGCCAAAUGUCUUCAUUGGCUCGUUGAGAAAAUUCAGGAAGGUCCCUCGAAUUCUGCCGACUCUGCUUGUUUACUUGGUGUUGUUAAACGCCAGUACAAAUUCACUCCACUCGAAGAACUCAAAACUCAAACUAAUUUUGCUCAAAGAAUAGCAAAACAGCAAUGGUGGAUGAAACUGCGUCCAUUGCUUCGUAUCCUGGCGAAGCACGAUUCUACAUACGAAGAAGAAGGAAUGUAUAUGACAGUUGAACAAGGAGAAAUCGACUCUGAGAACGUUAUUUAAACAGCAUUUCGGUGCUUAAAUUUGAGAUUAUUUAUAAAUAUAUAUUAAAUGUGAUAUUACGCAUCACAGGUACGAAUAAGUAGAUUGAUGAAAUUCUUAUCGAAUAAUGUUAUAUUCUAUAACGUGCGACAUUAUAUUUCUUAUAUCCCUCAAAUAAAUCAUGCUACUUAUAUUUUUGUUAAUAUUGUGUACAUACGCAAGUAUUUAUGGUUUGUAAUAAUCUAUGUACUCUACUUGGUAGCUUGUACAUCAUGUCGUAUCGUAAUCAUAUACAUUAUAAUUUCAUAUAAAAUAUAUAGCAAAAAUAAGGUGGAUUUAUGUUGAGGAAAUGUAUGGCAAAUCGUUUAGCGAGUCGAUUUUCUUAGAACGUUUGAAAUUAAUUUAUCAUAAAGAUUGCAUUUGUAUAUAUAUUUUUUUGUAUCAUGAAUUUAGGCUUUAAACAAAAA